AUGGUCUUCAAAUUCACCAUCAACAACUGGGUCAAUCACUACAUCCCCAACAGCCAGCUCGACAGAGCUCCGUGGAUCGUUAGAAGAGUGUUGGGACGCCACGACACCCGUCCCCAUCACGACUACCUUGUGUGGCUAGAGAUCCUACUUGGCACCUUUGUGGGGCUUCUUCUCAUAGAAGGGGUGUUCCGAAGCCACACCGUAUUCUCCCACCACCAUGCCCCCAUCAUCAUCGCCAGUUAUGGUGCCAGUGCCAUCUUGGUAUUUAAUGCAUCGCAGGCGCCUUUGGCCCAGCCUCGUAACGUCAUCAUGGGCCAUUUCAUCGCCUCGUUGAUUGGUGUGUGUCUCCAGAAACUCUUCGAGAUGGGAGCCACCGACUACUUGUGGAUCGGAGGUGCUCUCAGCGUGGGAAUUGCUUCAGUGAUGAUGUCCAUCUUCGACUGUGUCCACCCUCCAGCUGGUGCCUCUGCACUCUUGCCCUUGGUGGACGACCAAAUCCGUGAAAUGGGCUGGUGGUACUUGCCUGCCCAAUUGGUGUCGUCUGUAUUGAUCGUGGCUGUGGCCUGUAUCUCUGGAAAUGUGUUGCGGAAGUAUCCAGUCUACUGGUGGACUUCUGUCGUCAAGGAGGCACCACAACCCCAGCCAGAACUUGUUCCAGAAAAGGUGGAUACUAAAGAAUCGGAGUCCUCUGUGUCAGAAGAAGUCGCCAAAGUUACCUACACCGCCAACCUGAGAAUUGAGAUAACUGCCCAUCAAAUUUUGGUGCCACAAGCAUUGGAAGGAGAGGUGGACUUGUAUCUCUUGAACCUGUUGAGCGACCGCUUGAAAGCCCUUGCGCCACAAGAGGUAUGA